AUGGCGGGCAAUGUAAAGGUUGGUUUUAUUGGAGGGGGUAAGAUGGCUCAAGCCAUCGCUUCAGGAUUUCUUUUAUCUGGCCUUGUAAAACCAUCUGAUAUCAUAGCAAGUGCUGCCACAGAAAAGACUCUCAAUAUCUGGAAAGAAUGGGGUUGUGUAACCUCAUUUAGUAAUAAAAGAGUGGUGGACACAUCUCAAAUGGUGUUUAUUGGGGUAAAACCUCAUCUUGUAUUGCAAGUUCUGAAAGAAAUACAUGACAAUGUCACUGGUCAACAUAUAAUUGUAUCUGUUGCAAAUGGCAUCACCACAACAACAUUUGAAAAGAGUUUGCCUGUUGGUACAAGUGUUAUUCGUACAUUACCCAACAUGCCUUGCGCAGUACAGGCUGGUAUGACAGCUUUUUGUCGAGGGAAAAAUGCAAGUGAUGCUGAUGUGACAUUACUUGAUGAAUUGUUAGUAGCAACAGGGGUGUGUAAGGAGGUGAAAGAAGAUUAUCUUGACAUAAUCUCAGCAGUCAGUGGCAGUGGUCCUGCAUAUAUUUAUAUCAUGAUCAGUGCAUUGGCUGAUGGUGCUGUGAAAUGUGGUUUGCCAAGAGAUCUUGCACAAUUACUUGCUGCAAAUAUGGUUGGAGGUGCUGCAAAGAUGGUGACUCAAAGUGGUAAACAUCCAGACCAGUUAAAAGAUGAGAUUUGUUCACCAGGUGGCAGUACCAUUGCUGCUAUUCAUGAAAUGGAGAAAAACUGUUUUCGAGGCACAGUAAUAAGCGCUGUUGAAGCGGCGGUUAACAAGAGUAAAGCGGCUGGCAGGGACAACAAGUAAACAAAGGAUAAUCAAUAUACCAGGCUUACGAUUCCAGGAAAUGCCAUGGUAUAGGUUGCAGAGUGCUUUUAUUUACAUCGCCAUAAACGUCAAUCAAGGCGAAAGUUUAAUGAUAGUAACUUAAGAGAGAGACCUUAAAUUUUCUAUUUUAUUCCUUGAGUUUAGUUACGUGUUACCCCCCUCCCUUGCGCUUGAAAAGUCCAACCGUAAACAUGUACAACCCGAAUUAUUA